GGCCGCUCGGGCUCAUCGGCGAAAUCUCAGCCCUGGAAGUGUGCGCUGUUUCCGCACUCAUGGCGUCUGCGUGGGGCUGGGCGCAGCGUUGAAUCGCAGGACGACGACUGACAGGGGCGCGCCAGCGAGGGCCGACUUGGAGGACGGUGCUUUAGCCUCGGUGGAAUUUAAUGUCCUUUUCCCGGACGACUUGUGCGGUUAUUUGCGACUGGGCAUGCUGCGUGUCCCUCUCUGCACACAGCCUAUACUGCGUCAUUAAAGCUUGAAUAUCGCAGCCUUUUUUCGACACCAGUUCCUCCCUUUGAAAGACUCAAAAGCCAUAGGCGGCCUCAGUACUUUGGCUGCCAAAGAGGUUUAACUGGACAAAAAGUUUGCUUUUCAGGGAAGUGGUCGAUCGCGCCUGCUGUGUCGCUUCGGGUUUGUCCGUGCCUGGUUGGGGCUGAUCGGCACCGAGACGCACCGACUCCGGUGCAGACUGCGCGCUGCCCGCGUUCUCACUGUGCAACUCAGGGCUCAUGUCAGGUCCUGCACAUGUACGAUAUGUGUCAUUGACACUGUCAACGGCAAGUACAAACAAAAAAAGCAAAAAACGUCCGCAUAAAGCGUACUUAAGCCAUAUGUUUGCUUGGGCACCCCGUUUUGCUUCGUUUUAGAUGAGUUGUAGAGCUGAUUAGUGCAGUGGGGCGUGAACUGUUUGGGGAAAGGAUGUAGCCGAUGUUUUAAGCGGUAGACUAUAUUGAUAUGGACAUAGGGGAUGCGUUGUUUUAUUUGUAACCGUUAAUGUCUCGUUUGCAUAGCAGAGGAAGCGGCGCUGCCGGUGAUCCCUAGUCUGUAUUUUGGUAGCCAUGCACGGAGCCUCGGAAAGACUGCUGUGUCCAACCUAGCUGUGCAACGCGGAGAGAAGGCAGCUUGUUCAUCUAGAGCCGGGCACCUCAUAAGCGAAUGCAUUCACGAUAGAUAAUUUAGCCGCCUUUGAACGGAUGAUUUCGACUUGCUGGUAAGCCUCGGUCCGGCAGCGCAUAUCUGGCCUGACAGAGGGGGGCGUGAGUCACUGAACUUCAACGCUGAAUUUCUCUUCGCUGACCCUGACUGCAGAAUAUGGUGUAGAUACCUCACGACUCAAACCAGGAACGACACAUGGAUCAAGUGGGACUGAAAGGCAGCGACAUGCAGGAUGAUGGCCUGACUCUGGAUUACAGUGACAAGGAGGCAGAGGGGGCGUAUCCCAGUAUGCCUGGCAGCGGCAUGUCUGUGCCAUCCGUUCCCAGAAAGCAGUCGAGCUCCGGGGAGGUUUCCAAUGGACUGGGCGGCGCCCCGCCCCCGGAGGAGCACACCUCGCCCUCCCUGGGCUUUUAUGCAGCGGGGCCUGACUCCAAGGUGCUGGGGAUUGACCAGAAGGCAGCCAUCCUGCACUUCCAGCCCACAAGCGUGUUCAGCUUGGAGGAUAACUUCUCUCGCUUGGAGGCGAGCAUCGCCGACCUGGGCCGCACCAGCACCUCCAUGGACUCCCUCAUCGGCGGGACCGACACGGACCUCUUCUUGAAAACGGAGGAUCUGUCACCCCCCGACCUGGAGCAGGAGUCCUUUGAGGUGGUUGGGAAGGACACCCUGAAGGGCCUGGGCUUCUCGUCCACCAGCACCCUUGACAUCCUGCCAGACUUCGAACUGACGGGCUCCCCCUCCGAGCUGAAUGAUUUCUAUGUGGGUGAUGAGGCUGCCUUCCUCUCGACGCUGGCGGUGGACGACUCGCUCCUGGCCGACUUCAGCACAGCGGUGAAGGACGCGAAGCCCGUCGGCUACAGUAACGGCGGGGGGGAUGACCAACGGGCACCGGAGACCAGUGUCCUCCUGUCAGAGGUUAAGUUGGAGAAGGAUGCCUGCAUCCAGCUGUGCACCCCCGGCGUGAUCAAGCAGGAGAUGGAGCCCAAGACCGACUGUAGCCAGAGCACCUCACCGAUCUCCAUCUGCGGCGUGAGCGCCUCCGGUGGCCAGGGCUACCAUUACGGGGUCAGCGCCUCUGCUUCGUCAGCUGUCCGCCAACUUGACCAGAAACCCAUCUUUGUGGCUCGGCCGCUGCCCUCCUCCGUGGAAACGCCGGGUGGCACGUGCCAAGUGUACGGGGACCUGGCUGGGAUGCCCAGGGGCAGUGGGUCCUUCUCCAGUGGCCUUACUUUUGCUUCUCCCUUCAUCAGUGCCAUGGCCAGAUCCAGCACCAAUGCAUCUGUGGCUGCGGGUCCCGGGAAGGCCGGCGGAGCGGUCCAGAAGAUCUGCCUGGUGUGCUCAGACGAGGCGUCCGGCUGCCAUUACGGGGUGCUCACCUGCGGGAGCUGCAAGGUCUUCUUCAAGAGGGCUGUGGAAGGGCAGCAUAACUACCUUUGCGCCGGGAGGAACGACUGCAUCAUCGACAAGAUCCGGAGGAAGAACUGCCCAGCGUGUCGUUAUCGAAAAUGUCUGCAAGCCGGCAUGAACCUGGAAGCAAGAAAAACUAAAAAGAUGAACAGGCUGAAGGGGGUGCAGCCGGCAGCCAUCGUGGAGCCCCCCCCAGCGGCCAUGGCAGAGGCUCACACCCUGGUGCCCAAGUCCAUGCCUCAGCUCAUCCCCACCAUGCUGUCGCUGCUGAAGGCCAUUGAGCCGGAGACCAUCUACGCGGGUUACGACAGCACCAUUCACGACACCGCCACCCGCCUCAUGACCACGCUGAAUAGGCUGGGUGGCCGCCAGGUCAUCUCUGCCGUUAAGUGGGCCAAGGCCCUGCCAGGCUUCCGGAACCUUCACCUUGAUGACCAGAUGACCCUGCUGCAGUGCUCCUGGCUGUUCCUUAUGUCCUUCAGCCUGGGAUGGAGGUCCUACCAGCAGUGCAACGGCAGCAUGCUCUGCUUUGCCCCUGAUCUCGUCAUCAAUCAGGAACGCAUGAAGCUGCCCUACAUGAACGACCAGUGCGAGCAGAUGCUGAAGAUCUCCAACGAGUUUGUCCGGCUUCAGGUGUCCCAUGAGGAGUAUCUGUGCAUGAAGGUGCUUCUGCUGCUGAGCACAAUCCCGAAGGAAGGGCUCAAGAGCCAGGCUGUGUUUGACGAGAUCCGCAUGUCCUACAUCAAGGAGCUGGGCAAGGCCAUAGUUCGGCGGCAGGAGAGCUCCAGCCAGAACUGGCAGAGGUUCUACCAGCUGACAAAGCUGCUGGACUCCAUGCACGAGCUGGUCGGGGGGCUCCUCAACUUCUGUUUCUACACCUUUGUGAACAAGUCCCUUAGCGUGGAGUUUCCAGAGAUGCUGGCCGAGAUCAUCAGCAACCAGCUGCCCAAGUUCAAGGCCGGCAGCAUGAAACCUCUGCUCUUUCACCAGAAGUGACCGCCUUACAGCGCGAUGCGAUGCCUUAAAGCCCAGCCGGUGGACGGGGAGCUCAGGGGGGCGGGGACACUUCCCAGACCCCAGAAUAUCUAGACCCACCACACUCCAAGCCCACUCCAAGCCAUCUGUAUGAAUGAUCAAGCGCAGAAAUUUCCAUGUUUCCCGGAAUCCACACCUAGAUGAAUUUGACGACAGAUUUACCGCCCAAAAAAAGCUCUCCGGAUGAAAUAGUAACCAGCAGCUCGUGCUGAGUGGGCUUGAGGAGUAGGUCCAUGCCAUGCCAUUUAAGUAGAAUGUGCUUUGUGAGUUCAGCAUUCCCUUCGAUCGCCUGGAAAUAUUUUGAAAGUCAGAUGAUGUUGGACUGACGAUAAAUGCAUGCAGGUGUUUAAAUGGUUUACAGAGUUUUUUGGAGAAGGGAGAAGGUGCCUUUGUUAAGCUGUGCUGUUUUUCCUCAUCGGCGAGGCUCAGCAUGCCCCACAUCCAUAUGAACUGUUGUCUUCUUGCUCUGGCUCCCCCCCCCCCCCCCCCCACUGUAAGUGGCCCUUAUCAGCCGGGCAUGGCCUCAUUUCACAGCAUCAGCUUCUCCUGCAACCCCCCAAAACCCCCCCUUGGGCGUGGGGGUCAUCUCACGUUUGCAGUCCUGCAGGGCUCACAUGACGUUGGGAGGUGGUGCAGGCCGGACGGCGGCGGUGUCCAAACGCAGUGAUUGUGUUGAACGCCCUCCAUGAGUCCCCACUCGCAGAGGUCGUUUCUCUGCUGUCGCUGUGCUUCGUCCUCCUGCUCUCAUGUGGUGAUCUGUGUCUCUCGUUGUACCCCCUGCCAGCCCCCCAUCCUCUGGUCCAUAAAGUGUGUGUGUGUGUGUGUGUGUGUGUGUGUGUGUGUGUGUGUGCAUCCUUUUUAACGCCCUUGGUGCCAAACUACCCAUAAAGUUGUAUUUUGAACGCUUCAGCUUACGUGUGUCUUAAGAGACGUCGGUGUUGUUAAGAGGAGGACAUGACCGCGCACCUCGCCCGUCGAUGAUUCUGUCGGAGAGGCUGCCCCGCCUACUUUGAGGGUCUUGGUAACUGAUCCAUCUGGGCUUGUGCCCCCACCAGCCAGUACAAGCCAGUUCAGCAUUGCUCAAUAUCUACCUGUAUUCAAAUAUAAAUGUAUAUCUAUAUACAUCAAAAUACUCAGUAGGUAUUUUUAUAAUGCUUUUUUUUUUUUUCUUUGAACACCAGCACAUUUAUCUUGUCAGUUUUUCUCUACCUGCCAUUUUGAUUUUUAUAUUCUCGUUAGGUAACCAUCAUCAGAGCACAGUGACUCUCAUUGACCUAUGGAUGACUAAAUGUGAAUCUGAUUCCAUACUUUUCUGUAGUGUAACAAAUGAUUGGCUUUAACAAAACUUUGUACUUUCGCACAAAACAUGUCACUAGCUCA